AAUGGGUGCGGGGGUGGGGCCCGCAGCGGGUCAAUUGGCCCGGACGGUACCGGACGGUACCGAGCCGUACCGGGAUGGGGCUGCCGGCGGCAGUCCGGGACCGGGUGGCCGCGGUGCACCGGGGCUCAGCGCUGCCCGAUCGGCUGCGGCUCUACGACGGCUGGGCUGCCCGCUAUGAGCAGGAUGUGGCAGCUCUGGAGUACCGGGCACCGCAUCUCGCCGCCGCCUCGCUCGCCUUCGCCUUCCCCGCGCCGCACGCGGAGGCGCGGCUGCUCGACGUGGCCUGUGGCACCGGGCUCGUAGCGCGAGAGCUCCACCGGCGCGGGUUCCGCUGCCUGCACGGCGUAGACGGCAGCGCGCCCCCCCUGUCCCGGGCCGGCACCGGGCGGGGGGAGCCCCGGAGGGUCCCCCCGGUGACGCCCUGUGUUCUCGCAGAGCACUACGAUGCCGUGACGCUGGUGGGGGCCCUGGGCGAGGGGCAGGUGCCGAGCACGGUGCUGCCGGAGCUGCUGCGGGUCACCAGGCCGGGUGGCUUCCUGUGCCUGACGACGAGGAGCAACCCCUCGAACCUGCGAUACAAGGCGGAGCUGGAGGCGGCGCUGGGGCAGCUGGAGCGGAGCGGAGCCUGGCAGAAGCUGCUGGCCCAGGAGGUGGAGUACUGGGAGAGGGCUGUCACCGAGGAGGAGAGCACCCAGGGCAACGGCUACAUCUCCGGGGUGGUCUACAUCUACCAGAAGUGCCCUGUCCCCCACCUCGAGGAGGGCUGAGAGCAAGCGCGGCUCUGGAGGGGGCGUGAGCACUUGACCCCUUAAAAACUGAGCCCAGUGACCCCCUCCUGCAGCAGGGCAGCUGCUGGAAGUGACAGUAUUUUGGGGGAAUUUCCCUAUUCCUUUCCUUGGUUCCUUCUCACCAAGUUAAGGGCUUGGGACCCUUGUCUGUUCCUCAGCAUGGGAAGGGUCUCUGGGAUCACCAGGGACUCCUGGUGACCUUUAGCCCUGACAUUCAGGUAUUGACCCCAACACCUCGACACUCGCCAUGACAUUUCACUGACCCACAUGGCUGUUCUGAGGCAUGUCCCGUCUGGGAUGUCUUCUCCCCACCUCGCCCAUCUCAGCACUCGUGGCCAAAGUCUGGAUCCUUCUUCAUCUCCCACCCCCAGAGUCUUUACCUGGGGACUGUUGGAGGUGGGUUCCCACCACUGUAUCCUGUGGCCUCCCAUACCUCAUCCUCCCCAGAGACUGACCCAGCCUUGAGGUGCAGGAGCCUCCACAUCCAGAGUCAAAGCAGCAAGGCCAAGGUGGCUCCCAGCUGGAGAGGCUUUCCAAGCACCACAUCUGCCUUUCAUCCCAUAAUAGCUGCUUGAAUCUCCCAUUUUCCCACAGCUUUGUAUUUAAUGGCCUGGGCGGGGAAAUGAGUUUGGAAGGGAUUUGGGGAGCUGGUGGCUGCUCCCCACCCAGGAACCACCCAGCACUGCCUGCCCAGCCUGUUCCCCCAGCCCCUUGCUGGGCUGCCUCCACAAUUCCUCUUCCACUGCUCCCUUGGGAAGUUUUUUACCCAAAUCUCUUGCUGGAAUAUUUGGGUUUUUUCAUUUUUCCCUUCCCUGAGACCUGUUCCUGCUCAUCCUGUUCCCGUGUUCCUGGAGAACAGGUUGCAUCCUUCCCCUCAGGAGCUUUCCUCAGUGCGAGGCAAUGGAUGUGUCUGUCCCUGUCUCUCACCCAGGGCAUCCCACAUCUUCCACACUCACCCUCCCCAUGGCUCUUGUCACCCUUCUUCUUUGUCCCCCAUGUUUUGGAGUCCCUGUGCCCAUCAGUAGCUGUCCUACUGCUCCCUCCCCAUUUGUCUCCAACACUGUCUCCUGGGCAGCUAGGGCUUGUGGCUGUCCCUGGCCCUGCACUGGCCUGUUCAAUAAAUCCUGUCUCUGCUGUC